UCGACCGUGCUACAGCCAGCUGCACUAUCUGCCAGCCCGUCUGCACGCUUUUAUUCGUAUCUAUUUCACUCGAGCACCCAUCACACGCGCGACGCACGAGAGACUGACUCAUAGUUCAAUUCGACGCGACACGUGCUACAGCGACGACGCGCAUAUAAUCACCGUCAGCAUCCUUCAUCAAUUCACUCCCGCGUCACUACCAGAUAACCAUGCCGCGCGAUUCAGCGGGCCCGUCCUCGUCUUCAGCAGUGGCGGGGCCGGGACCGUCGACAAUGGCCGCAGCAGCAGGAGGCUCGUCAUCAUCUGCUUCCGCCGCCUCUUCUGCACGCUCUUCGCCCGCAAACGACCUCUUUCGUAUUGCUCUGCCCGAUUCUGAUUCCUCUGAUCUCGAGAACGGUUUCGACGAGUCACACUUAAAUCCCUACCUUGCACCGGACCCGGCGUAUGCGGACAGCUACGCCGCCGCGGCGCGACGACGACUCGCAAUUGCGGGGUCAGCUCGUUUCCAAGAGGUCCUCGAGGAUGCUUCGCUUGCGCUUAAAGCGCGCCUCUCCUCUCCAGAGUCUGCCAACCUCAGCCAGAACAGGAAGAAAAAGAUCUUUGACGAAUUCCUGAGAGAGAUGGGCGAGAUCGCGAGGCUCCAGGAAAGGGAAGUAGAAGCGAGGGCCAGAGAGGAAGCGGACAUCGCAAGGACGAUGAUAUUAAGCAAGAGUGAGGGCGGAAUCGCCUCAGGACCAAGCGGAAGCGGUUCCUCCUCAUGGGGUGCUGGUCCCAGCGACCCCAACGGCAACAGCGGAUGCAACUCUGGUUCCACCUCAGCCUCUUCGGUCGCUCUUGCCGCUUCAGCAUCAACUACUGGUCCAUCGGCACCUCAACCUCACAAAGCCACAGGCUCCCUUAAAGGGCGGAAUGAUCCUGAAGGCUCGAGUACUGAAGAAGAGACGGACCGUCCCACUCCGCGCAAAACAAAAACAAGCAAGUCCAAUGCUGCUAAAUCUACUCCGUCUGUCAACACUUCCACCAUGACCAGAAACAAUACAAAGCCAUCCGCGAACGCCUCCAAGAAAGGUUCGAGGGACGACGAUGACUUCUCGUCCCCAUCAACACCCACGCCCGACCGUCGCGGUCGCUCAGGCACGAUUUCCCUCCCACGCUCCGUCUCCGCGUCGUCUGCUUUUCCUGAUGAGGCACCAUCGCACUCUAAAAGCAAAUCUUCUGACGACACGGCUGUCGUUUCGAAGACGAAUGCCAAUGUUGCCGCGAACCCGCAGACAAAAACGGGUAAGCCGAAGGCGAAAGACGCAAGCAAAAGUGCGUCCGGUUCCCCGCCCACUGGAACACGUCCAGAGCUGCUUGCGGGGCUAGGUGUUUCUUCGUCAUCGGCGGCGUCUCCUGCUAUCGUAUCGGCCAAUGGAAACGUUGCAAAGCCCGCUGCUAAUGCCGGCCCUGCGGCGACGGGCGCAAGUGCGUCCGCACCUGCAAUGGCAAAGAAUGUAAAUGCUAGUGGCGGCGCAAGUGCGGUGCAGAACCAGAACCAAACCCAGAGGCCGGCUCAGUCUCAGCACCAGCAUCAACGGUCCGUGACACUCAAUGCACCUCCUGCUCCAUCCCGCGCGAACUCUAGCGGCAACGUGAAUGCAAACACAAACGCAAAUGCGAAGAAAGGUGUUGCUCCGCAGACUUCUGACGUUUCUGGCGGCUCAAACGUUUAUGCCAAGCCGGUACAAUCUCAGGCAUUCCAGCUUGCACAGGCUCAAGUCGCUGCUCUUCAGGCUCCCAGUCAAAACCAGACGUAUCCCCUCACUCAGGCUCAGGCUCAGCAGUCAUCUCAGAAUCAGAACCAAAACACGCCGGAUGAGUCGAAGGAAUUACAGCGUCCAUCUGCAAAUCACAAGUUAUGGAUACCACCGAAACCGCCGCAUAUGCAGAGCCCUGCGCAGAGUUCUUCGCACGUACACACUCUUUCUUCUAAUUCCGCUGAAAAGGGUGAGCGGAAAGAAAAGGAAAUGAAAGAUGCAAAGGACGCGAAGGAUGCAAGUGGAAAGGACGGGAAAGAGAAGGACAAGAGACCGCGUCCCGUUUCUUUUGCGAGUCAAGGUGUGAUUGUCACCGCCAAAGAUAAUGGGUCGGUCGUGACGACGGAAAAGGGAGCGAAGCCGAAUACGGACAAGAAAGAGGAAAAUGCACUUUCGGGUCCAAACACAAUUGCGAGGAGCCUCAAGACCAACACGAAGGCUGAUACCGCGCCGUCAUCGGCCCUGAAUAAUUCAUCUACUGCCACGACUGCCGUCCCAACGGUAAAGGCUGAAAUCGAAAAACAGUCAGAGAAGCAAGCACCUGCGAAGACGGUGACACCAAAGCUAGAUGACAAGAAUACGUCCCGCGUUCUAGUGCCUUUACAGGAUGCAGGUACGAAUUCAAAGAUGAGCAACUCGAAAAUUUCACAGGCGCCCGUCAGCGAGAUUUCCGGCUCUCCUGGCGCUAUUUCGUCUGAAAAAACUCUACCGUCUAUUCACUUGACGUCUUCCGCGGCGCCUAAUGCAACGACCACUGCCCCUAUCUCUGGUUCUAUGGCUCCGGUCCCACCGAUACCAACAGCUUUUACUGGUUCAUCUUCGGCAUCUGCUUCUGAGGCUGCAGCGGCAGAUUUGGAGCGUGAGCGCGUUCGCGCGGAGAAGGCAUACCUUUUGUCCGCGCAAUCUACCCCAGCAAGUGUGAACACGGUUACACUACCAACUGUAACCGGCAUCGACGGAAAACUACAGAUGCAAACCCCUAUCAGCGGGAUUCAACCGUACACUCCUCAACAGCCCCAGCAGCAGCAGAAAGUCGUCUCUGCCGACAUUAGCUCGCCGUAUCCGCAUCCUUAUCCAUUUUCUCACACAAAUCUGAAUACAAUCGCAAACCCGAGCAACGGCAGUGGACCGACGGCUAUGAGUCCAAGCACAUCUGGGUCAACUAUUACGUCUCCGUUCUCACCGCUUUCCAUGGCAAAUGGAUUCCCGACAUCCUCAGCGGCAACAAGUGCGGCAAGCAGUCGCGCGAUGUCACGCCACCCGUCAUCUUCGUCUUCUGACCCGUACGCACAAAAGGAUGGCCACGCCCACUCUCAUGCUCAUCAUCAUGGACACGCUCACCAUCGCGAAAACAAAGAAAAGGAUAAGCUUGCGCAAGCUGCAGCGGCUUUGAUGGUUGGGGUGCAGUCGCCAACCCAGACGAAUAUGUUUUGGCAGCCUGGUCCUAAUGAGCGUGAGCGAGAGAAAGGGAGAGAACGUGAAAGGGAUAGAAGCCACGGCCGCACGCCAAGUGCAAAUAAUGGCACUCAGAGUUCAAGUGCGAGCGCAAGUGCUACCUCGUCUCGCUCAAGUUCCGUUUCAAGGGGUGAUGGUCCAGCGUUUGGGGGAUUCGAUCCUAGUACUAUUCGCUCGACCGGACGACCAAGUCAGGGUGUAUCCGGUAAUGGAUCCGGUAAUGGCAGCCUUGAGGCGACAUUCGCAAGUCUCAUGGAGGGUGCUCCUAGUGAAUUUGGGGGACGUUCUGUCGGCGCAGACAGGAAUAGUAAUUACAAUGCAGGUCCAGGCAAUGGAGGGAAGUUCUGGGUCCCCGGAUCUACAUCCAAUACGACGCCAAAGCCGUCGCGCCGUGGAGAUCGCGAGAAGGACCGCGGCGAACGUGGUCGGGAGAGCAAUGCGUCUUCUCCUGCCGUCAAUCCCCUUGCGCUUACCAUUUCGUCAGCAUCUGCCAUGACGUCUUCAGCAUCCUCUUCUUCGCUCGUGCCGUCAACCACAUCGACCAUCUCGAAUUCAUCGGCUCCCCAGUCACAGUUCUAUGCAGUAGCAGAACGUGCACGUGAGGAUCGGUUGCGCCUACGUGCGAAUGAGUUCCACACCAGGGCGGAGGUCGUAUCGGUAUUCCAGCGGCGUGUAGAAGAUCUCAUGGCAGAGUUUGCUGAAGCGUUGAUGCGUGCAGAAGAUUACGAGAAGUUCGGACCAUCCAGCGCUCUCAUGAAGCCUCCAUCUUGAACUCUCGCUAGUAUCGAUACGUCUUACAACAAAAUUUUAUGUGACGAUGAUCAAACAUCGUAGGGAAUGAGUCGAGCGAGCCAGGCUACUCGCGCAGAAGGGGGCUAUUGCUUCCAAAGUCAUAUACCAUUUCUUAUCUCUUUUACUCUCUGAUUUUUAUAGACGAUAGAUUUCGCCUCAACUUUUAUCUGUAUCCCUUAUCCGUGUCCAUCCAUUCCAUUGACCCGCGCAUUUGUCUUUCGUGUUAUCUGUUCAUUUUUGACAGUAUCGGUUUUUAUCUGCUUUGCUCCUUGCUACUUGUUUACUUAAUGUUAUCCCUGUUCAGUACGUUGACCGUGUUUAUUUCAGUUCUUCUCCUGUUUUUGCUCUGCAACUGUGCCCAUACUUCGUGUCCCAUUUCAUUUCAUCCAGUCCUAUCUCGCACUGGCUAAUCUCUCGAGCUCUUGUCGUCAAUGCUUUCAAGUCUCAUCUCAAAAGUGGUUCCGUUUUCCGCCGCCUCCCUCGAUCCAUCCCUUUUUAAGUUUAUCCCAUUAUCGACUCAUUCGCAUGCCUUGACAUAAUGUAUAACUUGUUUUUAUUGUUAUUCUGUUAUUCUUGGCCUACGAAUAUGCUUUUUCUUUAUUUCUGCUUCACUUCACCAUGGCUUCCUCUAUUACUCCAUCCACAUUCCGUAUCGUAAUAAUGCGCUAUAUUUUUGCGCGUCUUCACUUCCUCAACCCGCCUUAACUUUUCAAACCGUACGCUUCCGACCCUCGUCCACUCGUUUGUUUCACUUUCCAACCUCUCGCACAUCGAUUUUUGCACGCUAUUGACGAUCUUACGAUUAGGGUUUCCGAUUCCGUUCUUCAUUUUACGACAUGGGUUUUAUGAUUGACGAAAGCACUGAUAGUGCUUGUGAUAGGAUGUUUGAUGCAUUGUGAUGUAAUUGUAUCAUGCUGAAGAUGAUUGAAUGCAAGUAUUC